AUGUUUUCCUCUGUCGAUAAAGUAAUGGAAUUCACGGAUAGGAAGGAACUUAGGCACAGAGGUAGAAAUGCUAGCUUUUGUAAUAGUCUAAGCAAUGACCAAGUUGACAUUAUAUUAGGACUCUUGUUUUCUAGCACUACAUUUGAGGAACUGUCGGAAAUGUUAGCAACCAUAUCUAACAUUUUAUUAAUUAAUCGAGGUAUUCAUUCAACGUAUUUCACUCCUAUUUAUUCUAAAAAAGUUUUGAGAUAUAUAGAUAUUCAGUGGAUAAAGGAGUCGGAUUCACCUGAUGAGCUUCAACAGUUGAUUCCUAUUUAUCGAAUAAUCUUCUUGAUUUUAUGCGAUUCAAUACCUGAUGUGGAGGAGCAGACACUUUCCAAGAUACAAAGCAUACUUACUCAGGGCUUUGAUAUUUGUAUGGCUCAGAUUGAAAAGUUGAAGGAUGAUGCAACCUUUGAUCUUCUUUUGGAAGAGAUCCUCAAGGGUGCAUAUGCACUUUAUCAUAGAUAUGAAGCAAUAAUUCCAAAUAAAUUACCAUUCGAAGUGUUAGCUUUAUUUAACUAUUUAAUGGGUCUGCCAGAAGGACUAAUUCAUCAUAGGAAAUUAAAACAAAGCUCGUUGAAUGUUCUUUUAGUUUCCUUUAAAUAUCUCGGUGAUUUUUCUUCACUGGAUGACAAAGAUGUACUUUUGAAGCCAUAUCGCGACUUUGUCGAUAAUUUGGCGCACUGGGUUGACCGCCUCCUUGAUUUGUCUACGAAGUGUGCUACUUUUGAGUUAGAGGAUGUUUUGUUUGACUUAAGUAAUAGUCUAAGUCUCGUGAACAGCCUAUUAACUUUAUCGAAUCCUAUUGCGAAAAAAGAAAUUAGCACAAGGUUGGCUGAGGCGUUAUCUCCUACUUAUGACUCCUAUGAUAUAUUUUCGAAAUUAAUUUGUGUUGUUUUGAAGUCAAGUAUUUUAUUUCGGAAUGGCGAAGAUGUCAAUUUUCAGCCAAGGUAUUCAUUAUUGAAAGAUGUAACUUUAAACUGUAUUUACGAGUUACCUCAAGAAUCAUCUGAAGAUUCAAAAACAAAGAUAUUUUUAGAGCUAGUCGGAUAUAUCAUUGGAAGAGAUUAUUUGCAAAAUAAUGAUAUUAGUUUGCCUAAAGAUAUUAAUAUAGAAGAACAUAUGAAGCCGAAAUAUGGGAAUUAUGAUACUGAAUUGAAUAACGAGAAUGGGAUAACAAAGGACUUAAAUAAUGCAAUAAAGUAUGCUGGCACUCAGCCUGAGUUUAGUCUUGAAGAAAAGGAACGUGAAGCCGAAAAACUCUUCGUCUUAUUUGAAAAGAUGGAGAGGACUGGGAUAUUUGAGGGAUUCCAAAACCCCGUGAGAGAGUGGCAACAGCUGGGUAAAUUCGAUGAACUCGAAUAA